AUGCAAGGUCACGAUGAUAUUACCAAAGUUUAUACUUUCGAGAAGACUUUAGGAGAAGGUGCCUUUGGAGUUGUGAAGAGAGCAAAAAAGAAGUCUAAUGGAGAUAUGUAUGCUGUCAAAAUCAUCAAUAAGGACAAUUUAUCAAAUGAAGAUUAACAAGCCUUACAAACUGAAGUCGAGAUUCUAACCUAAAUUGACCACCCAAAUGUAGUGAAACUCUAUGAAAUUUACGAGGAUGACACCAAUUUUUAUAUGGUAUUGGAGUUGAUGACUGGAGGCGAACUUUUCGAAAGAAUAGUGGAAAAAGAUCAUUUUAGUGAAAAAGAAGCUGCUGCUACAUUGAGACCCAUAAUUGAUGCUCUUAACUAUUGUCACAAAAUGGGUAUAGUGCACAGAGAUCUAAAACCUGAAAAUCUUCUAUUUUCAAGCAGAGACCCAGGAGCAUUGCUAAAAGUAAGCGAUUUUGGACUUGCUCGUUUUGUUACAAAUGAUGAAGUUAUGAUGACUUAGUGUGGUACUCCUGGAUAUGUCGCUCCGGAAAUCCUUUCAGGUCAUGGAUAUUCAGAAGCAAUUGACUUUUGGUCAGUUGGUGUAAUACUCUAUAUCAUGUUAUGCGGAUUCCCACCUUUUUAUGAUGAGGAUAAUGACAAGCUAUUUAAAAUCAUUAAAACAGGAUAGUUCUCAUUCCCAUCUCCAUAUUGGGACACUAUUAGCAAUGAUGCUAAGGAUCUAAUCAAAGGUCUGUUAACAGUAGAUUCAACUAAGAGAUUUGGAACUGAAAAAAUUUUGAAACAUCCUUGGUUAGUGAACAAUACAGCUCAAUCCAUUCCUAACAUUUAAAAUAAGAUGAAGGAAUUUUAUGGAAGUGCAACCAUGAAGAAAAUGGGUAACUUUGUUAAGCUAGCAUAAAGAUGGGGUAAAUUAUCAUAGAUAAAAAAGAAAUGAUCUAUUAUAUCAUCAAGAUAAUUAUCGAUUAUUUAAUAUAUAAAA